AUGCUGAAUUUUCCACAGACUUGGAAAACGAUCAGCUCUACUAGUCGGCGUUCCCUAACGCGAUCUGGCAAGUCUUCCUUUCCGACGUUGGAAGAAGCAAAGACACGACCAUCUGACCUGCGCCUUUUGCGGCAAUCAGGACAUACUACUUCUAUUGGUAGUUUGGACCAGCAGCCGAUCUCUUCGCCUGCGCCAUCCAGGCUGUUACCCGCAUCCCCAAAAUCUGUUCGGCCUUCAGCUACAUCCUGUCCAAUUUCUGCCUCUUCUCCCACAACUAAUGGCAUUCUGCUUCGCUCUCGCCUCCCUCGAGAAAAGAUGUUGACUACCUCAACUCCAAACUCAGUUCCUGCCAAAGGCAUCGAUCAAGAUAGGAUUGGUAUUCGUACGCGUCGCUCCAACCUCUCCUACUCUUCUUCAUCUUCAACAUCCUCUUCAUCUUCGUCAUCCUCAUCGUCUUCUUCAUCUCUUUCUUUUUCAUCUUCGCACUCAAUCCCCGUUGCCUCGCUCGGAGCCUCUGCAAUGUCUGACGUCAAGCAAUACCUACCUAAUCUGCCUUCUGCAGACUCGGAUAUUUAUCGUCAUGCUAGUGAAAGCUCUGGAGGGCCAUCUCAAUAUCAAACCAACUGCUGCGCCUCUUCAUCUUCUUCCUCGUCAUCCUCUGGCAUUACCAGCCUAGCUUUGGAGCAGAAAGACGGAGAGGCUCGAAUAGAGACCCGCCACCGGCGCCGACGCCAUGAAGCUGCAUUGAACCUGACUGCAUCUACAGGCGCUGGUCCUUUAACAAUGACAGCUGGGAAAAAACCUGCUCCUAGCUCUCUGGAUGUUAGUGGCCAAGCAAGUCGUGGUAAUACUAUGGACCAUAAUGUGACUUGCGGUUCAGAUAUAAUCUCCUUCAGUCCCAACAGCGAUAAUCAGGUCAUCGGCUCAUCAGAGGAUCGAAGUAUAUACAAAUCGCGCCCAACUAUUGAGGCUGAUAGAACUUUAUCACGAGGACAUGGUGUAAAACCUAUUAAAGACGGUGGAGAGUCUAUGGCGAGUCCAGGACCAAUCGAACCCAAAGAGAAAGAGCUUUCCGGAGACUUCUUGUUCGAUGAGGAGAUUGAAUUGAAUGCAAACGUCUUCACUUGUCCGGGCUCCCUUAAUCUCGUGUUCAAAUUACCGUCAGAUGCAAGUCUACCUUUUUAUUCAUUUUAA